AUGGGGGUCCGGCUCUAUGAGCUCCUGGGCAAAGCGAUUUAUGCCAGCCCUGUUGAAGCUUUGAAAGAUAAAUUAUGGGUGAAGGAGGCAGAUCAAAUUGAUAAGCCUUGGCUGCUUGCGGGUGAUUUCAACACUUAUAAAUCCCUGGACGAUAAAUGGGGAGGCUCAAGCAAUGUCAUGAGGAAAUGCGCUAAAUUUGCUAGAUGGAUUGAUGAUUGCGGGUUGAUAGAUUUGGGAUUCACAGGCCCGAAAUUCACAUGGUGGAAGGAAGUUGGUGGAAAGCCAUAUAUGAAGGUGCGGUUGGAUAGAGCCUUGGCUAAUGCUGAAUGGCGUCACUUGUACCCGGAGGCAUCUGUGAGACACUUACCGAGGGUAUACUCGGAUCACUGCCUAAUCCUAAUCGACACAAAUGGAUCCCGACCUCCCCCUUUUGCUUCUCAGCCGUUUCGGUUUCAAGCUGCCUGGUUUACACACAAAGAGUUUAAGGAUUUUGUUAGGGAAAACUUGAGCACUAGUGUGGUCUUAAUGGAAGCUCUUAGUCAUUUUACAGCUAAAGUAUCCGAAUGGAAUAAACAUGUAUUCGGUAACAUACAUCUCAGGAAAAAAAGGAUCCUGGCCAGACUAGAGGGAAUUCAAAAGAGUCGAGCUAGAAAUGAUUCGGGGCUUAGUAGGGUUGGAAAAGAAGCUGAAAACUUAAUUCAACGAGAUGCUUCGGAAGGAAGAGAUUUUGUGGUUUAA